CCAGACAGUGCAGCUGAAUUUUUAUGAAAUGAUCUGCAGGCUUUUUCUACCUAACUCUUGCCAAUCCUGCUCAGCCUUGUGACUCAAGGGGCAAAACUGCACAGUCCAGUGCCAACAGGGGCCCCAGUUUCAAGUGCUCGAGAGCUGGUAUACCCAGAGUUGAGGUUUUGGUCUGGCCUGUGAAAAGGGAGAGAAAACCAUCUGUGAAAUCUGGAGGCACAUCAAGUUUGGCUUCUACCCCAGGAUCCCACGGGCUCCCAUAAACCUUUAUAGCUAUCUGCAGGCUGGGAAAAGAAAUCCUUUCUCUGCACCUUUCCCCUGCUCCACACUGGCACACCCAGGUUCCCUGGGGCUUCCAUGGAGCCCUCGGAGUGAUCUCGGAAAUCACGAACAGCAGGCUUUGAUGCUUAGGGCUUUAGAAAAAUGCCCUUUUCUAACUUAAACCGGGGGAGAGGAAGAACAACCCCCUGAGCGGGGCUUCUCCGGCGGGCAGGAGCGUGCUGAAGACACGACUGUGGCCGGACAGCCACAGCGAGAGCCCCGUGCCGCCGCUCGCCGCUCGCCUCUCCCCCGGGCCGAGCCCUCAGGGCGCUGCAGGCCCUGGCGAGAGGCGGGCGCCGUUCCUCGCAUUCCUGUCUCAGCAGGGAAGGGGAGCGAACGGGGACCCUCCUUCUCCUCCUUCCCCGCCCUGGCGUUCGCCUCCAGCCAGCCCCGCUGCUGGGAGCCCCGGGGAGCCGGGCUAAGGGAGCGGAGUGUCCCCCGCGGCCCCGCUGCAGAGCGGAGCGCAGGGCGGCACAGCCAGACAGCCAGACAGAGAGCAAUUAAACCCUCCCCUGGCCAGCCCCUGACACUCCCUCCUGCAUUUUCCAGUCUGUGGUUACGGCGCUCAAAGGGUUCCAUUAAGUCACCAAGUUUUACAGGUUCCUUAAAAAAAAAAAAAAAAAGAAAAGAAAAGAAAAAAAGGAGGGGGGUGGGGGGAGGUGAGGGGGAGUGCGCGAGAGAAAAGUUUGGUCAUGGCAGGGAAUGUGUGAUCAAAGCAGAGCCCAAGCUUCCUGUUACACCGGGACUAUAUAUAUAGCGUGUCUUUAAUGUUGGGAAUGUAAGCAGCUGCUGGAGCCUGGCGCUGACUCUGCCUCGUUCCCAGCGCGCUGAGGUUUCUUCCACCGACCACAAUGAACAAGUUCCUGUGCUGCACGCUUGUGCUCUUGGACAUUUCUGUCAAGUGGACCGUCCAGGACGACUCUCCCCCCAAGUACCUCCAUUACGAUCCAGGGACAUCUCGGCAGCUGCAGUGUGACCAGUGUCCUCCCGGGAGCUUCGUGAAGCGGCACUGCAGCGCCGGCAGCCCGACGCAGUGCGCCCCGUGCCCGCCUCAGUACUACGCCGACGAGUGGAACAGCAACGAGGAGUGCCACUACUGCAGCACCGUGUGCAAGGAGCUGCAGUUCGUCAGGCAGGAGUGCUCCAGCACGCAGAACCGCGUCUGCGAGUGCGUCCCGGGCAGGUACCUGGAGCUCGAGUUCUGCUUGAGGCACACGGAGUGUCCGCCCGGGUCCGGUGUUGCCCAGGCAGGUACCCCUGAGAGUGACACUGUAUGUGAAAGAUGUCCAGAGGGAUUUUUCUCAAAUGAAACCUCCUCCAAAGCAGUUUGUCUUAAGCACACAAACUGUAGUGCCCUGGGUUUCAAAAUAGCUUUGAAAGGAAAUGAGGUUCGUGACAACAUCUGCCAGGAAAACACAGAUACGACACCUCAAAAAUGUGGAAUAGAUGUAACCCUGUGUGAGGAGGCUAUGUUCAGGUUUGCUGUUCCUACUCAUCUCACACCUAACUGGCUGAACAUACUAGCGGACAGCUUGCCUGGGACAAAGGUUAGCACAGAAAAUAUUGAAAGGAUUAAACAAAGGCACAGCCCUCAAGAGCAGACCUUCCAGCUUUUGAAACUGUGGAAGCAGCAAAACAAAGAACGGGAUACAGUCAAGAAGAUUAUCCAAGAUAUCGACCUUUGUGAAAACAGUGUCUUAAAGCAUGUUGGCCACCUGAACCUCACCUUUGAACAUCUCAACGUGCUGAUGGGAAGCUUACCAGGCAAGAAAGUGGGCAAAGAAGAUGUUGAGCGCACAACAAAAAUAUGUCAACCCAGAGAGCAAGUUCUCAAGCUUCUCAAUCUGUGGAGAAUAAAGAACGGUGACCAAGACACCAUUAAAGGUUUAAUGUAUGGACUGAAGCACUUGAAAAUGUACCACUUUCCAAAACGAACCAUCCAAAGCCUGAAGAAGGUGAUAAAGUUUCUUCACAGAUUUACAAUGUAUAGAUUAUACCAGAAACUCUUUUUAGAAAUGGUAGGGAACCAACUUAAAUCUGUGAAAGUAAGAUGUGUCUAACUCAAGAUAUGUUUCUUUGUCCACUGACUAUUUUUCCCUAAUUACUGCCAGCAGUAAUUAAACUGGAACAUUAUUUCACCAUAUUUUGAUUUACUAUUUAUAGAACUGGAAUAGUUCUAAGUCUCCUGCAGUGGUUUUGAAGGUGUUUUUUGAUGUGUUGUUGUAGUAGUAGUUGUUGUCUUUUUUUUUUUUUUUAAUAAAAAUCACUUUUGUAAAAGCUAUUAACCCGAUGGUAACACUAAGAGCCUGCAUUUUUGCACAUUCAGUUGAAGAGUUGAAAUGUCCCACUGUAGUCACUAGACGAGAAAGGAAUGCCAGACCAGGCUCGACUCCAGUAUUUGCUAUUUAUAUUCUUCAAGGAAUAAACAUUUUUGCUGUAUAUAUUUAUUACAUUAAAUGGAAAUUGUAUGAGACUGAAUUUUAGGAAGAGAAUUGGAAAGCACACUGUAUAUUUUCUAGUUAAACAAAAAGAAUUCCAUAUAUUUUUCUGGCAAAAUUUUGUAGCAUGCCCUAAGAGUUAUUAAUUUCUUUACAUUUUGUAUUUAAAAAAAUGUAUUAUUGCUUAGUAUUAUUUGUAUAAGUUGUGGUAUCUUUUGGUAAGGAUGUUUUAAUUUAUCCAAUGAUUUUAACUCAAAUACGGUGAAAAUAUAUCUCAAGUGACCUGAAUAUUUAAAUAUUCUGUGAGGAAUUGAAUGUACCAUAUUUAAGAAGCUGGAUUUUUAUAUAGAAUUUCAUAAUCUUAUUUUAUAAAGCAAUUAAAUUUUUCAGUUUGCUUUUUGA